UUUUGGCAAGAAAAAAGGAAAGUUGCCAUCAGAAAGAAAGAAAGAGGAAAAAAAAGAAGGCAGACUUGGACAGCUAGAGGGGUUCCAUCUUGAUGGGGAGGACCAGCGAAGUUUGCGUUAUAGGAGCUUCCGGCUAUCUUGGAUCCUGGCUUGUCAAGAAACUCCUCGAGAAAGGCCAUGCCGUUCAUGCUACCUUGAGGAACUCAGGAGAUGAAUCCAAGACGAGGCUUUUGAAGAGCCUCCCGGGGGCGGACGCCCAGCUUCUUCUCUUCGAAGCCGAUCUCUUCGAACCCCACUCGUUCGAGGCGGCCAUCCAAGGGUGUGAGUUUGUCUUCCUCCUAGCCGCGCCUGCGCCGCUCAACGCCAACUACUCUCAGCACGAUACUCCCAAAGCUGCGUUAGCUGCGGUCCAGAACAUCUUGCGGCUCUGUAAACUAUCCGGGACGGUGAAGCGAGUCAUCUACACUGGUUCCGUCACGGCUGCAUCUCCGUUGAAGGAAGACGGCACCGGUUAUGAAGAUUUCAUCGACGAAGCUUGUUGGACGCCUCUUAAUCUCUCAUUCGCUCACUGCGAAGAUCAUGUGAAGUCUUACAUAUGUCUGAAGACGCUCUCGGAGAAAGAAGUGUUAAGCUACAACUACAAAAAAGGGAAGGGAGAAUUAGAAGUGGUAAGCCUGACUUGUGGCCUGGUUGGAGGAGAUACAAUUCUUCCCUAUGUACCAUUGAGUGUACGAGUCAUUGUGUCCCCACUUACGGGAGACAAGGUGAAACAUAUACAGCUGAAGUUCCUGCAGGCGUUGCUGGGCUCAGUGCCUUUGGUGCAUAUAGAAGAUGUUUGUGAAGCCCUUGCUUUCUGCAUGGAGAAGCCUUCGAUGACCGGCAGGUUCCUCUUGGCAUGUGCAUACCCAUCGAUGCAAGUGAUUGUGGACUACUAUGCCGCCAAGUACCCUGAACUUGAUGUGAUUAAAGAGGCUGAGGGAGAAGAGCUAAGUAUCCAGAGCAAGGCGAGAAAGCUGGUUGAUAUGGGCUUUAAGUAUGGAUUUGGUGUGAAGCAGAUACUGGAUGACAGUGUUGAAUGUGCCAAGAGGUUAGGGGAACUUACCGUGGUGGUCUAGCUCAUGAUGAUCAUUAAGUGCAGACGUUUAUGAAUUUUAGAAUCUGGUGAUCCUGCACUGCAGGAAAUGUGAAAUGGAAUAAAGAUGUAUCCGCUUAAAAUAAAUAAAUAACUAAAGGCUUGUUGGGAUGUUGGGU